AUGGCGGCGCGCCCCUCAUGGCGAUCCGCCUUGCGGCGGAUGGACGCGGCCGGAAGCGGCUUCCGCUUCCGCUGCUAUGCGACGCCGGUGAUCCAGGUGGAGCGGGUGGAUCCGGCCACCUCGGUGGCGAAGGCGCUGCGCCGGAAGUACGGGCCCUCCUCCUGGGACGGCCAAGUGCCCUGGGAGCGCGGCUCCAUGAUUGUGCCGCAGAUGGCAGAGGGCGAUGUGGAGAAGUUUGUGGAGACGGAGUUGGACUCUUUCGUGCCCAUGCAGCCCCGGCCCUUGAGCAUGCAGGAGGUGCUCGACAUGCUGGACCCUGCUCGCAUCGCCAAGUUCCUGCACGUGGAGGUGCCGGUCCGCUUUGCUGAGCGUAUCCGCUGGAUCCGGGACAUUCAGGACUGGCAGCAGAUCCCCGAACUGGUGGAGGUGGAGGCGGCGCACAUGCAGGUCUUCCGUGACCUGCGCAUGGUGCAGCGGAAGCCCACCUUGGAUGCCUUCACCGCGGUAGUGGAGCGGGCCCUGCAGCGCCAGCAGCCCGUGAGGCUGAAGGUGGCCUUGGCGAUGCAUCGCCUGAACACGGAGAAGGAGGGCUUCGACAGCGACUUCAUCGACCCCUGGCUGGACGACUUCCUCCUGAACUGCAUUGGGACAGAGAUGCUGAUGUCCCAAUAUCUCGCGUGUGUGAACAUGGACCCUGCCGCCAACAAGCCUCGGGGUCUCGCCGGCAUCAUCGACCCUGACUGCGACGUCGCUCAGAUUUGCCGAGAGACUGCCAUGCAUGUGCAGGAGAUCACCGAGGAGCACACUGGCCGCUGUCCUUUGAUUCAGGUGGAGGUGUUCCAGGAUCGCGCCGUGCCGCGGUUCUCAUACAUCCCGGGCUUCCUGCGGUUCAUCAUGACGGAGGUCUUGAAGAACAGUUGCCGCGCCACCGCCGAAGUGGCCAAAUCCGACCGAGACGUCCAGAAGAGGCCGAUCAAUGUGAUCGUGUGCGCGGACGAUCACGAGGUGGCCAUCCGAGUUUGCGACCGCGCGCGGGGGAUUCCCUUUGGCGUGGGGCAGACCGUGUGGUCAUACUUGUACACCACAGCGGGUCGCAACAAGGCCACCUACGCGGAGAAGGCCACGUCUCUGGCUGGAUAUGGCAUCGGGCUUCCGUUGUCGCGAUUGUAUGCACGCUAUCUUGGUGGAUCUUUGAACCUUGUGUCCUUGCCUGGCUAUGGCACUAGCGUCGAUCUGUUCCUCCGGCGCGUCAAUGCCAACCAAGUGGAGAUCGUGCCAGACAAUGAUGCCUGA